AUGGUCGCUCAAGUUCAAAAGCAAGCUCCAACUUUCAACAAGACUGCUGUCAUUGACGGUGUCUUCGACGAAGUUUCCCUUGACAAAUACAAGGGCAAGUACGUCGUUUUGGCUUUCAUCCCAUUGGCUUUCACUUUUGUUUGCCCAACCGAAAUUAUUGCCUUCUCUGAAGCUGCCAAGAGAUUCACUGAUAUUGGUGCUCAAGUCUUGUUUGCCUCCACCGAUUCUGAAUACUCCUUGUUGGCUUGGACUAACGUUGAGAGAAAGGAUGGUGGUCUAGGUAAGGUUGACAUCCCAUUGGUUGCUGACACUAACCACUCUUUGUCUAGAGACUAUGGUGUCUUGAUUGAAGAAGCUGGUGUUGCUCUAAGAGGUUUGUUCAUUAUUGAUCCAAAGGGUGUCAUUAGACACAUUACUAUCAACGAUUUGCCAGUUGGUAGAAAUGUUGAGGAAGCCUUAAGAUUGGUUGAAGGUUUCCAAUGGACUGACAAGAACGGUACUGUCUUGCCAUGUAACUGGACUCCAGGUGCUGCUACCAUCAAGCCAGGUGUCAGUGAAUCCAAGGAAUACUUCUCCUCUGCUAAUAAAUAG